AUGAGAAAGACGGAGACUGAUAAAAAUUAAAGCUUCAGAGAAUCUAAAACGAACACUGAUAAUACUGCAAUAGUGACUGGCAAUGAGCUUGAUAAAUUUUACUUUAGCGUGGAUAAAUUCAAAAAUGAAACUAGGAAUGGGAGAAACUCACCUUCUACAGAUGAAGUCAAAAUAAAAACAGACCGUGAUGAGAGCGAGAGUUUCGUUAAUAUAAAUGGGAAGUAAAGUUCUUCAAUGAUGAGCAAUGCUUCAAAUCAUCAAUCGCCAGAAUUGCAAAAACCUUAGAUUAUCUAGGAGAAUAGGAUCAGCACUGAAUACCCUUCAAUGCAUUAAAAGGUAGGCGAAUAAAAUUAACAGGAAACAUUAUUAGAAAAGCAUCCAGAUACAUCUCCAAGAAAAAUGCCUCCUAUAAGGUUGGAACCUGAUUAACUAAAAGCUUCAAUGGUCAUACCAUAAUUAAGUUUAUAACUUUAGUAAACUGAGGAUGGAGAGGCAUUUGAGUACGGAUCAAAUACUUAAAGAGUUAUUAAUCUAGAAAAAAAGUUUGGAGGUUAUAGAAUGAUAAGCCAGCUAUUUAAAUAUGAAGAUUUAAGACUAAUGGUUGACUUUUAGAUUCUCAAAUUUAAAGAUGCAAUCUUCAGAGGUCAAAUUAAGAAUGGGGAGAGAAGAGAAGGACUAGGAGUUAUGUUAUACGAUAACGGUAGAACAUAUGAGGGGUAAUGGCAGAAUGACAGAAGACAUGGUCAAGGAUUUGAAAAAUAUAGUAACUUAAAUACUUAUGAGGGCGAGUUUGUAAGAGGUAAAGCGAAUGGCAAAGGUAUCUAUAAGUGGAAAAAUGGUGAGAUUUAUGAAGGAGAUUGGCUGAAUGGAUAAAAAGAAGGAAAAGGAUUUUGGAGAAACACAUUUGGAGAAAGUUAUGAGGGAGAUUGGAGAGAUAAUAAAGCUAAUGGAUAUGGAGUUCAUCAUUGGAGUACAGGAGAAAAAUAUGAAGGUGAUUGGUUCGAUUUCUUAAAGCAUGGCUUUGGAACAGAUUACUUUGCUAAUGGAGAUCGUUACACUGGCCAAUAUAGAUACGGUAAGCCAUGGGGAAGAGGUAAAUACACUUGGUCUUCAGGAGCUACAUAUGAAGGAGAUUUUGAGGAUGGACAUAAACAUGGUAAAGGAAAAUGGGAAAAAAAGCAAGUAAUGAACAAUGAGCAGACUGGGGCUGAAACUAUCAUUCAUGUUUAUUAUGAGGGAGAAUACAAGAAUGAUGUCAAAGAGGGAUAUGGAUAAUACAAAUGGGCUUCUGGAAACUAUUAUAAAGGUUACUACAAAAAUGAUAAGCGACAUUUUUACGGAGAAAUGUAUUGGAAUGAUGGUAGUAUAUACAAGGGUGAAUGGUGUGAUGGAGUCUAGCAUGGCUACGGAAAAAUGAUAUUUGCUACUGGAGAGGUGAAAGAAGGAUUCUUUGACAAUGGGGUUUUCAAAUUUGAAGGUAAUGAACUAUAAAUAAAAUAAUACAUGAAGAUUAAUAACAUCAAAACAAGUGCAUCUGAAUAAAGUAAAGAAACCUCCUAUAAAUAGUCAAACAAUACAACUAGCAAGAAAAAUGUUUAGUUUUAAGGUGGAGACGCUAAUGAUACCAGCUUUGUCAGUCAAAAUAAAAUAAGACUUGGCAAAAGAAGCAGCGUCGUUAGUUAAAUGAAAGGAAGUUAGGCGAAUCAAGCUAGUAACUUCAAUAUAAAUUUGAAAUCAAACAAAAAAUAGUUAAACCCCAUUAAUCAAAAUAAUAAUUACAAUCAUAAUCAGUAAAGAUUAAGGAAAAAUGAGUCAGUCCCAUCUUUGCAUAGAAAUCCAAAGGAUCUUAUUAAUGAUUUUAACUCUCCCACUUCUGUUGGAAUGUCUGAUAGCUAUUUGCAAGAAGGAGAUUAUAAUCCUAACAAGAAAUUCUUUGCCAAAGAUAUGAGGAGAUAAGGGAAAUCUUUAACAAAUGAUAAAUAACCUCCAAGUAGCUAGAUUAUCCGAAAAAAACCAGAAAGUAAUGGAAAUAACAACAAUUUCGGAUUGUCUCAUAUUUCGGAAAUUUCUUAAGAAGAAAAUACUUUUACAGGCUAAAAAAAGUAGAUUCAUUUAAACAAAUUAAACAAGGUUGCCAGCGAAUAGUUUUUGCCAAGUAUUGAAAACAGAUAUAUCAACAAACAUUAAAUUAAUGGGAAAUAAGCAAGGACCAACUUAUCUCACAGUAAUGAUUAUUAUGAGAUGGGAUAGCCCUAAGUUGUCAUUAAGAAUCAGAGAUUCAACAAUAAUUUCAUGAUGCCAAUGAGGACUAAUACAUCAUAAAGUUAACUUAGAGAUAUUCCUUAACCUAUAAUGCAUAGACCUUGGAUACCAUCUGGUAUUAUAUAGAGAAAUGAUGGUGUAUAUGUAAAACCUUAAGGCACUUAUAAUAAUCCUAUAAUCUGA